GAGUUUGCGGUAGUGGCUCAUGCAGUUGGCACGCCACCACUGAUUUGUGAUUUGUGACAAAUAAAGGAACUAAUUUCAGCACAUACGUUACUGAAAGAUCUGUUUCAGUGACUGAAUUAUUCCGUGAUUUAUUAAAGCGCUUUAGUUACAAUGUAUAUUGUACAAGUUUAAUGUGAAUAGACGUGGAUUGUGAACUGAAGUGGUUAAAAGGAUUAUUUAUUAUUUUGUUUAAAUGUGGUUUAUGAACCGCCGAAAUUGAGGACAAAAUUGCAGGGGAAGAAAGGAUGGCAGCUUCGCACAUCCUGAGCGCAGUGGAACCGACAGUAGGCGGCGGCAGUUCCCGCAGCGGCCGCGAGCGUGAAGUCAAUGUGGCACUCGACGACAGAGAACUGUGGGUCAGAUUCCAGACGCUCACCAAUGAGAUGAUAGUCACUAAGAAUGGAAGACGAAUGUUUCCUGUAGUAAAAGUAACUGCCAGUGGGUUGGACCCGACGGCAAUGUACACCGUGCUAUUAGAAUUUGUGCAAGUGGACUCACAUCGCUGGAAAUAUGUCAAUGGAGAAUGGGUUCCCGGCGGGAAGGCAGAAGUGCCACCAUCUAAUGCAAUUUACAUACAUCCCGAGAGCCCGAACUUUGGAGCGCAUUGGAUGAAGGAACCAAUAUCGUUCGCUAAAGUUAAACUUACCAAUAAAACUAAUGGAAAUGGACAGAUAAUGUUAAACAGCUUACACAAAUAUGAGCCGCGAGUACACCUAGUAAAGGUCGGUACAGACCUGCGGAGGAUCAUGACCUAUCCAUUCCCGGAGACGCAGUUCAUAGCUGUCACCGCUUACCAGAACGAAGAAGUGACGUCACUGAAGAUCAAAUAUAAUCCUUUUGCUAAGGCCUUCUUGGACGCAAAGGAAAGACCAGAGGGGUAUUACCAGAGAGAUUUUGUGGGCACGCAUUAUCCUCAACAGAGUUCUUCUCCACAUCAGUAUCCGCAAUUUGGUGGAUGGUUUGUGACGUCGCAGUCGCUAUACGGAAGUAGCAACGCUGCUUCGAGAAGACCAGCGCCUUAUCCGCCGCGACCACCUUCAAGACCACGAACGCUAUCGCCACCUUCGUCAUACAGCAAUCCAGAACGCACGACCACAGCUACAAACGGCAGUGGCAGCUACACAUGGGUGAGCAGCAGUGGCUACUGGAACUCGACGCAGGGUGGUAGCUCCCCGCAGCCCAACACCUCCCCUGCCCCGUACCGCACGCCCCCGCACGCGUACCCCGCGCCCCUGGAGUAUGCGCCCGCGCCUCCGACGAGCACAUCAGCGCCAUCGUCGGCCCCUGCCCCCCUCUACCCGCUACAGUAUGAAACUCCAGCACAACAUCACUCGCCAUACUACCAGCAUGCGUACGCACCGUAUGCCCAUCACGCGAUUGAAGAUAUUUCCUAUUGGCCUAACAGUUUGAACAGCUACGGUUACCAGCCAUCUGAGUACGUCGGUACAGGAGAAGUAGCUUACGGCGCGGAGGGCAUGCCUUUCGGGCCUACGGGGCCUACACUUGAAGCCGCCACAGCCGGCGAAGGCCGAGCCACGCCCCCCGUGCAGGAACACCCACAAAGCGAACGAGAGUACAAGUAUAGUACCGAAGAAGAUCGUCACUCGCCGUGCGACGAGUCCACGCUACCGCCACGCUCACCACCACAGUGACCCAUAGAUUAUACACUAUUUAUAAAACAAUAUUGAUUCCGAGGCCUUUUAAAGAUUAUAUUUUUUUAUUCUAUGAAAGUUAAGGUUGAAAACAAUCGGUCCAGUAGGUACCUACUAAAUCUUUUUCAGAUGUUUUUAUGUAAAUAGGCGUAGAUUUUAAUGUAUAGGUGUGUAUUUUAAUGUAUGUAUAGGUAAACAAAUGAAAUUCGAAUCUGCAUCUGCGGACAUCUUUACGUAUUAAGUAUAAUAGUUUCAAUUUCUUGUAAUUACUUAAGUUUUAAUUUUGCACUCAUUAACAAUUAUUUUCUAAAUUUAAUUUUUGACUCAUUGCGUAGGUAUAAUUUACGGUCAACCCUAUCAGUAUUCUGUAACACCACUGUAGCUUAUAAAUGAUCAAUUCCGAGAGCAACUUAUCUCAGCUAAAUAAUAUGAGACCACUUUGGUGAAUCUUAGAAGCACCUUCAAGAAAAUUCGGCCAUUAGUUGGCAAACAAUUUUUCAAAAGUGGCGCAAUUAAGCGAGGUAAUAUCGAAAUGCUUUAAACAAAAACAAUAAUAGUAAUUUUGUGUUAAUUUACUAAUUACAAUUAAUCAAACAGCUGCUUUAUUUCCUCGUUAUGAGAAUUGUAUAAUAUGUAAGAAGGGAAUAAGAAUGGCAUGGAAGUUUGUAUACAAUCCUAAUACAGCUAAGAUUGCUGAGAAUGCGAAUUUAAGUUCGCAAUACUUAUAAAUAAAAUUGUGGUGUUUUAUGGCCUGAUUUGUACCAAUAGGUAUAACAUAAUUUAAAUUCUUCUAAAAACCUGUGUCUAUGUUGCCAAUAAAAGCAUGUUUCU